CCCACACAAUGUCCGAAUCAGUCAUCCUCGACCGCCUGCACGAGCUCAGCCUCGGCCUGAACGCGCACACGGUGGCCAUUAUCGCCGUCGCGCUCGUCGCCGUUGCCGUGGUCCACUACGCGCGCUAUGCCAAGGGCAAGAUCCACCUGCCCGGCCCGACGCCGCUGCCGAUUGUGGGCAACCUGCUGCACUUGGGCAAGGACCCAGCGAUGACAUACCACGAAUGGUCCAAGACCUACGGCGACGUCUUCAAGAUCACGCUCGGCGAGCGCGAGGUGGUCGUCGUCAACUCGGCCAAGGCGGCCAAGGACCUCUUCCUCGACCAAGGCAGCGUGUACAUCUCCCGCCCCAUGUUCCACAACUUCCACAAGGUCAUCUCGUCCUCGGCCGGCUUCACGAUCGGCACGUCGCCGUGGGACGAGAGCUGCAAGCGCAAGCGCCGUGCCGCGGCGACCGCACUCAACAAGGUCGCAGUCCAGACCUACGUCCCCAUCAUCGACCGCGAAACCCUCGCGCUCAUCGAGGACCUGUACACCGGCUCCGAGGCGGGCAAGGUCCAGAUCAACCCCUUCGCGUACGUCCAGCGCCUUGCGCUCAACGUGUCCCUUGUGGCCAACUACGGCUGUCGCCUCGACGGCGUCGGCGACGACAUGCUCCGCGAGAUUGUCGACGUCGAGACCAACGUGGCCAACUUCCGCUCGGUCAACAACUCGUGGCGCGACUACAUCCCCCUCCUGCGUCUGGUGCCGUCGUCCGCCGGCGCCGCCGAGGCAAAGCUCAUGGCCGAGACCCGUGUGCGCCGCGACAAGUACAUGAACUUCCUGCUCGACGACCUCAAGGACCGCGUCAAGGCCGGCAAGGACAUCCCCUGCAUCACGGGCAACAUCCUCAAGGACCCCGAGGCGAAGCUCACCGACGAGGAGCUGUCGUCCAUCUGCCUGUCCAUGGUCUCCGCCGGCCUCGACACCCUCGCCAACACGCUCUUCUGGUCGAUCGGGUACCUCGCCAAGCACCCCGAGAUCCAGGAGCGCGCCUACCAGGCCAUCUACGACGUGUACCAGGGCGCGAUUCCCGACUCGAACGAGGAGACGGUCGAGUACAUCACCGCGCUGGGCAAGGAGUGCUCGCGCUACUUUUCUGUUCUCAAGCUCGCGCUCCCGCGCGCGACCCUCGGCGACAGCGAGUACCGCGGCGUGCACAUCCCGGACGGCACGACCGUCUUCCUCAACGCGUGGGGCAUCCACCACGACGAGGAGCGGUACGGCGACGUCGAGAACUUCCGCGUCGAGCGUUUCCUCGACGAGAGCGAGGCCAGUCGCCAGGCGCACUACAGCUACGGUGCCGGCCGCCGCAUGUGCGCUGGCGUGCACCUCGCCAACCGCGAGAUGUACAUUGCCUUCUGCAAGCUCAUCUACUUCUUCAAGAUCGAGAUGGGCGACAAGGACUACGACAUCGACCCCGCGACGGCGUGCGCCAACCCGCUCGGCCUGGCGUCCACGCCACACCCGUUCAAGGUCCGCUUCGUGCCCCGCGACGCGUCGACCAUCGAGGGCUGGAUCGAGGACGAGAAGAGCAGGGCCGAGCUCAAGCUCGCCAAGAGCAUUGGUAUGAAGGCGUAGGCGGGCGAGCGAGCGAGCACGAGCACGAGCGCAGCGAGUGUGAGUGCGAGUGGUGGGGAGCGGCAAGGCGGAGCAGCGGCCAGCCGACGGAGUGGACGAGAGCAAGUAGUCAUGUCAUAGCAGAGAGAGAGCCAGAAGCACAAUGUACA